GUCACCGCCGCUGCCUGUUGCUGUUACCGUGGCAACGGCCUCUUCCCCCACUUUGACCGCUCAUCUCGCGAGUAGAAACAAAAAUUAGUUUUUUGCAAAUGGAAUUAAAUCCGAAGCUUGUUACCGAAUGCGUGUGUUUUGUGACUCAAGGAGCGACUGAUGAAGGCUCGCACGACGCCGACGGUGAGCGACUCGGGAUUAUAAAGACGCACCCUCACCACGCCGGAGCGGACAAUUAAGGUGUCGAACGCCGUUUCGUCUGGAUUAUAAGACGAUUCACCACUCCUUAAAUAUGGCAUCGAACGAUCACCGGAUCGAUCGCGCGUGUGGCCAAAGCGGGGAAGAAGAUUGCCUGCAGAGCAAACCACGGCGCAGUGUGCAGACAGAACUCCUUGCAGCCGCGCAGACGCCCAGGUUUUUCCCAGAACUUGAACCUUCUCCGCAGCUCGUUCGUAGCCAAACCAGACUUGCCAGUGUCUCAUCCCACGGCCGCGUUAACAAAGUUGCAUUUUCAGGUUUUCAAAAUAAAAUCGUUUUAACCGAGUGUGCACUGCGUACAAAGAGUGAACCCGCUGGAUCGUGUGAUCUACGCAUCCCUAAAGAGAAUUCUGUCAGAAUUUGUAAGUCACCUGUGGGUGGUGCAGCCAUUCCCAGAAUAAAUAAAGAUGGGAAUGUAGAUAAGACACAGGAGAGAAAACGUGGGAAAUGGUCAUCAACACCAUCUAUCCCUGAUAUUCAUGGUAAACGUGAUGAAGAAAUUGUGCCAAAUGUGCUUGUGCCCUCGUGCCAAAAACCUGUUAUAGCACCUUUUGCUGGGACUACUACUCAGAUUGUUAUUAAUACCAGAGCCAAGCCAACUGUAAAUUCGCCUUCUCAAGCAUUUGCUAAAUCUACUGUGCCACAACUACAGAGUUCCACAGGAAGGACAGCACCUGGAGCUACCACAAAAUCUGCUUUACAGAAUCAAAAACAUAAUUUUGGAUACAAAAACAAUGAUGGUGAAAGUUGCGAUAAAAUAUCUAAGUCAUACUCUCUGGACAGAAAUAAGCCAAAUGAUCAACAACAAAAGGAAGAUGGUUCGCGUUGGCUUUCGCAAGAAGAUGCACAAUUAAUACAUAGGGAUAAAUGUGCUGCGACCAAAACAUAUGAAUUAAUGGCUUCCCAAAAGUCAGCUGCAGAGCUGUUGAAAGAGGCUAAAGAGAUCGCUAAACCUGACGCUCCAAAAAUGUUUGAGAAACAUAUGAAGGAUGAAGAUGGUGGAAAGGGAAAUCUACUACCAUAUCCUGCACCAUUCGUGCUACACUCACCAAGCCUGUCUGACAAGGUCACGUUAAAUAACAGGAAUAUGUGUAGGGAAGAAUUCUGCAUUGACACGCAUCAGAUGACUAAAGAUAAUGAAGGAGUGAUGCACACCUCUAUGCCCAAAUUUGAUCAGGACUCCUUAAGCAUACAGAAACGUGCAGAAAACAAGAAAAAUCAAGCAGAUGGAAGUUCAUCAAUUUGUGGCAGCCGAAACAAAGCGCCAGUCUUUGUCACAUGCUUGCCAGACGCUGCGUCAGAGAUGAAAGAUUGUGCGGUGACAAAGAAAAUGUUCAAGGUCUCUUCGAAAUCCCAGACAAUCCUUGAUUCCAGUCACAGCAAUCACAGGAAAACGAACUGUUGAUUUGGCUAAUGAAAGAGAAGAUGCCAUGCUUCCCGAUCAGAUUUCUCCUGCCAACUUUUUUCAAGUACAAAGAAUAAAGCAACAUAUUGUUAAAAGGAAACUUGGUGGCUCAGACAACAGUAAACAGUUUGCGGAUAAGCCUCUGCAUAACCUGCCUGCAAAGGCAGCUACUGAUAAGGAGAUUGGUGCUUGCAGCAUCCACUAUUUCUGCACUGGAAACCUAAGCGAUGUUGUUCCUCCAAGAUUGCAGCAGUUUUCCAGGUUUUGUCAUGCACCCAGCAAGUAUCCACCUUCCUGGAGUAAAUUAGCUGAAGAAAGUUUCAAUUCGGAAACGGCAAGAACUCUCGAGCAAGGAGUCAGCCUUACAGAAGUAUUAGCUUCUGAGAAAGACUGUCUACCUGUUAUGCCAACACCGUGUCCUUCAAGUCUAGAGGAAUGGCAGAGGGUCGCAGAGAUCUGCGUACAAAGUCCUCAGUUUUGUGUGGUUGGGAAGCAGGUGCCACUGAAGAUAGAUGUUUCAAGGUUGUUCUGGAAUCCUUCGCCUCCUAAGUUUGCUUGCCCAACCUCUUACUUCAAACAGCUUCUUUGUCCCAUAUACCAGACUGAUCUGUUGAAAACAAUGGCCAAUACAGAGGCACUUCCUGCUGAAAUGGAUAAUGAAGGCGAUGAUGAUGAUGAGGAAGAGAUGAGAGAACGUCUUGAAGAGAGAGAUCAUAUCGGUCGUGUGUUAUCUCGGACUUAUGGAUCAGAGCCAGCCUUGGGCAGACCCGGGCCGUUGCGGUCACUCAGUGACCUCGUGGUGACCUGCGCAGGCUCUGGCGGGGCACGGAGACAGCAAGAAGUGUGGGAAACAUGUUCAAGUGAAAAAUGCGAAGAUCCAAGACUUUUAAAUUGGCACGUACAUUCUGUAGUCGAGAAGGUAAACCACAUGUUAAAACCAAGGAAAUGCACAUCUGAGCCAUCUUUAAAUCAUGAAGAUUCUGACUUUAAUUUGAAAGCACCUUCUGACUUCAGGACUUGCAUGGAUGAACUGGAAGCUCACAAAGCGAUGAUACAAUUUGCUGCCAAAGAACUUAAAGAUGCUUCUGCAAAAAGUUAUGAUCAAACAGAAGUGUGUGUUAAGCCAAGGCAAAAAAUUGCCAAAUUAACUCCAGCUGAAAAGGCCAGAGAAGCAGGUCUAAAAUAUGUCCAUUACCCAAAGACAAAGAAGAAAAAAAGACGUUCGCUCCACCCAGACAAGCUCGAAGCUGUCUUGGAUCAGCUCCAGUUACCCCCAAGGCUCUUGACAAGGUGUUGUUCAGAUCCUCAUCUGCAGAGCCCACGCGGGAAGCCACCCUCGUGGGUUUUACACAGCGUUCAUCGUGACCGCCGCAGACCAAGCCUUCCACGGUGUUUGGAUUUUGGGAGCUUUGCCGACAAUCAGGGCAGAAUCCCUGAAGAUGAAAGUCCUCGGGAGUGGGUCCGAGACAUUUGGAACCGCUGGUUUGAUGAAGUGUUUCCUCCGAAACCAAAGCCCAGCAACAACUUAUUGCAUGCGGCCACAGGGACCAAUUCGGAGGCGUUAGGUGUAUCAGCAGUAGAUAAGACAGAUGUUGAAAUUCGUGAUGUUAGUGCUGCGCCUGCUGGUGUGAACACGGGUUUUGCAGAGCUGAAGCCAGGGAAGGAGGAUCUUGAAGCAGAAGUUGAACGUCUCUCUGGUCUCAUUGAGGCUCAAGGACAGCCCUCGUCAUUCCAUUUUUGUCGCAGGGGAGCUGUCUACAGAAAGCUCGGGCGGCUCGAUUUGGCAAAGUCAGAUUUAGAUACAGCCAUCAACAAGGAAGUGAUGCUGCUGGACGCGUACUGGCAUCGACACUUUAUUCACCUGCUGCAAGACAAUCCGCGUGCUGCACUACAUGACCUGAACUUCAUCCUCAAACAUAACCAGACACGUGCAGAUGCAUAUAGAUCCCGCGCAGAAAUAUACAGCAGUCUCGGAGACAUCGACAUGGCUCUGUGCAACUACAGCCAGGCUAUAAAGUACAACUCUGAGGAUUAUGGGAGUUACUUUCGACGUGCGGAAGCCAAUCAGCGGAGAGGGGAUAUGCAACUGGCUAUGCAGGAUUAUGCUCAGGCUGCCCGUAUCAACCCAAGCCAGGUGGAAGCGUUGAUAAGGUGUGGAAGAUUUCACUUGAAGCAAAGAGAUUGGGCUGCUGCCAUCCAGGACUUUACAACUUUGAUUGAUCGAGAGCCGAACAAUGCACUGCAUCGUACACAUCGAGGAAUAGCGUACGCCGGUGUGAACUGCUACAAGGAGGCAAUCAAAGACUUUACGUUGAGCAUCCGCUUGGACCCAAAGAACUGGAUCGGCUUCUACCAUCGAGGGUGCCUCCUGCGUGAAGCUCUCCCGACAAAGGCUCUGCAGGACCUCAGCAUCUCAGUCCUCUUGAACAACCGGGCAGACAAUAUGCUGGCUUUCCUGCACCGUGGGAUGCUGUACGCCCAGAUGGGAAGGUGGACAGAAGCAAUCUGUGACUUUGAGAUUGUACAGCAGAUGGACAGGACUGUGGCCCUGGCCCACAUGAACCUAGGACUGAUCCUGCUCACAGUGAAGGAGCAAUACCAUGCGGCCAUAAAGUGUUUUACUGCGGCCUUGAAGACCUUGCCUACCUGCGCCCGCGCCUACGUGCAUCGGGCUGACGCGUACCACAAGGUUGGCGACCUCCACAGCGCCCUCUGUGAUGUGACCAAGGCGAUCCACCUGCAGCCAACUUCGUUCCACCUCUACCUGAUGAGAGGGCAGUAUCUGUAUGAAAUGAACAACAAGGAACUGGCUGUCUUUUGCCUGUGCCACGUUUUAGAAAUGAGUCAAGAGUUGGGCUUGUGCUCAAUGCAGCAGGCGAUCAUCCAGUCCUUUCUGAAGGAUCAUCAGCGGGCCAUCGAGUGUCUGGCUGACAUGUGCAGCAUGCAGCCGCAAGUCACGACGCUUGCUUUGCUCGGCAACAUUCAGAUGAAGGCCGAGCAGUUCCAGGAAGCAAAAAUGAGCUUUGAGCAAGCGCUACACUUGAGCAACUCAGUCAACAAAGACCAGCAGCCAGCUGAUGCCUCAAGGGCCAACAUUUAUUUCCUUUUGGGGCUGUGUCUAAUAGAGCAAACUAACUUCAAAGAGGCUUUGAAGGCAUUCAGCGCUGUUCUGCAUAUCGUGCCAAAGCACCAAGAGGCCUUGUACAAGCGAGGCAUCUGUCGCUUGAAGUUGCAGGAUUCUUCAGGAUUGCUGGACAUCAACCAGACAUUGGCUCUCAACCCACACCAUAUUCAGGCGUAUCUGACCCGUGCAGCAUACUACGGCAUGAAGGGCAGAUUUACAAAGGCCAUCAUGAACUGUAAUGAAGUGUUGAGGAUACAGCCCAGCUGUGUGAGAGCACUCCUGUAUCGUGGGUCACUUAAAUAUUGCAUCAAGGCAUACAAGCUAGCAGUGGAAGACCUUAGCUCUGCCAUCUACCUGGACGGCAGCUGCUCACUGGCCUUUUACAACCGUGCCAUCUGCUAUCAAGAGCUUCAUGAGACUGACAAGGCUGUGAAGGAUUACAGUACCAUUGCCUUGCUUGGAAAGCAAAAUGACUUGUGCAGAAAAGUGAUGACAAAUCGAGGAUUGCUAUACUUUGACAAAGGAGACUAUCAAAAUGCACAGCAGGAUUUUUAUGCAGCCAGCAAGAUCGGUCCUCCAGACCCCAAACUGCUCCAAGCAUUGGGAAUCUGCUAUCACAGGCUCGGCCGCGUGAAAGAAGCCGUCGCUGCAUUUGGCGAAGCCACGAAGGCGGACCCCUUCUACGUGAGCGCGUACGUUGGGCGCGGCAACGCCCUCAUGAACUACCGCCACGCGUCCGGCACCAGGGCGGCUCAGCGUGACUACCUCCGAGCGCUGCGUCUCGACCCGCUGAGCGGCCACGCCAGGGUUAACCUGGCCUACAGCCUUCAGGCGAAUGGAAGGUUUCAGAAGGCUUGGAAUCAUUUCACAACAGCAAUUGAGCUGGACACAAGAUGCGCUGAAGCAUUUGAGGGCCGUGCAGUUGUAAACCUCCAGAUGAACAGCACGUUUGCCGCACUGCAAGACAUCAAUACAGCCGUGAAGCUGGGGAAGUCGGCGGAGGUGCUGACAAACCGCGGCGCGAUCCACCAGGGUUCAGGCGAUGUGGUGAGCGCCAUGCGCGACUACCAGGCAGCCAUCGUCGCCGAUCCCAACUACGCCCUCGCGUACUACAACGCCGCCAACGUGUACCUGCACGGCCGCCAGCUGACGCAGGCGCUAGAUUACUAUGACCGAGUGGUGGAACUGGAUCCGAUGGAUGAAUGUGCCUUCCUGAAUCGGGCCAUCGUCCGCUCGCUGAGCGGCGAUGCCACGGGGGCUCUAGCUGACUUCUGCAAGGCCGCCACGCUAAGCCCACAAACGUCACACAUCUACUUCAAUCGUGCGAACCUUCACUGCAUGCUCGGUCAGUACAAACGAGCGGAAGCAGACUACACUGAAGCUCUGACCCUUCAGCCGCACGAUGCAGUUACCUACUUGUGCAGGGCAGAAGUCCGUGGCAAGCUGGGGAAAAAGGAGGAUGCGAUAUCCGAUUAUAAACUUGCGGUGGAGAUACAGACGGGGAGAAAAGAGUCACUGAAAAUGUGAUUCUCCUUUUUUUUACAUUGACAGUGAUCACAAGUUGAAGCCUAUAGAAACUAUAUUCUUAGGUUUUUUUCGGUAAAGUCACGUAGGUAAAACAUCAAAAUUAAUAAA